AUGGCUGCAAAUCUUAUUUUGUUUAUUUGCAUGCCCAUGCCAGAAAUUAUUGCUAUCGUUCUAGACAAUGGGAUUCAGUCUCAGAACCAGGACUAUCUUCCAAGCAGAUACUUCAUACAGAAGGAUGCUACAAUGAACAUAAUCAACAAGGUGUUUGAAAUGGGCAAGGAAUCCAAGAUUGGUGUGUUUCCAAUAUUCCAGAACGUAAAGAAUCGUAUUGUGACACCAACAGAGAACAAGCAGCUGUUGGUUGACUUCGUAUUGGCCUGUGACCUGUAUAAGAAGCCAGGCCACAGUCUGGCACUUUAUCAAGCAGAUCAGGCAUUGCAACUUAGUGAAUUAAGCAACAAAAGGUUGCUAAUAUUUUUGUCAAGUAAAAUCGAUGAAUUUGGGAAACUCCUUGUGGAGAUCUCAACAAUCGCAUUCAAAGGCGUGGAAAUCAAAGUGAUUUGCUUCGCAGAUGCCAUUGAAUUUGGUAAAAUGGCACAGUCUGAGUUACAGCUUGAAACAGUGAAGUUCCUGGUACUCGAUGGUAAUGGAGACGUAGAAGACCAGAUCUAUGGAUUUCUGACUGAAACGGAAUACGAGGACGAAGACCUGAAGGAGGCACUGCAAAAAUCCAUGUUUGAGAAGUAG